AGCAUUGCCUACGUUGAAAGUUACAGAAAACCAACGCCUUGGGGGUUGUGAUGGAGGUUAAGUUAUCCAGAAGUUUGAGUCGUGAGAAAUAACAAUAUAUGGAAUUAUAAGGGCCCAAACGAACACUUAAAUCCGACGGCUUUCUUUGGAUCAAAAAGUCAUUGUCCAGUAGCCUUAUGGCUAGUCCUGAGACGGAUGCAGUACAAAGGUGGCGGAAAUGUGUGGACUCUGUGGUGUUCAGUCUUACUGAGGAUCAACUGAAAUCUAUCAAAAACAAAUGUGAGGAGCGUGAUUUUUUCGUGGUGCAUCACCUGGCAGAUCUGAAGGAGGGAGCCAUCUCUCCUCUCAUCAGUGGCACGCCUAUCACCUGCAAAGUAGAAAAUACGGAAAGAUACACCACCCGUUCCAAGGUACGCAUUUGCAAUCUGUACACGGUUCGCCUGACGCAUGGCGAGUUCACAUGGACGGUAAAAAGAAAGUACAAGCACUUCCAGGAGCUCCACCGGGACCUGUACAAACACAAAGUGAUGCUGCAGUUUAUGCCUCUGGGGAGAUUUGCCAUUCAGAGACAACAGCUGGCGGGUUUGACAGAAGAGAUGCCGACCUUACAUGGAACACAUAGAAUCAGCAGAACAUCUAGCAAACCGAAAUACCUAGAGGAAUAUUUAAACAAUUUACUGGAAAACACCUUCUACAGGAACUAUCAUGGCAUGCUGGACUUCCUGUCGAUUGGUCCACUCUCCUUCAUCAGAGACCUUGGUGCCAAAGGACUAGAAGGUUAUAUUCUAAAAAGGUCAGGAGGUCACCGCAUCCAGGGGCUCAACUGUUUCGGACACCAUCAGUUUUGCUUCAGAUGGUCUCGUCGCUGGCUGGUGGUGAAGGAUUCAUUUCUUCUCUACAUGUCCAGAGAUCCAGGAAUUGUGUCAUUUGUUCUGCUGUUUGAUCCUGAACUGAAGGUGUUGGUCGGGCAUUGCUACACUGGUACCAAGCAUGGAGUCUGCAUUGAGAACUUUAGCAGGAAGCUUGUGAUUAAGUGCAAUAGCUACCGGCAGGCUCUGUGGUGGAGUCAUGAGAUUCGGAGUCUCUCUGAGCCCUGUGAUUUCAUCCAGACACAUCGCUUCGAAGGCUUCGCCCCACCCAGACCUGACACCCUCACAAAGUGGUAUGUUAACGGGAGUGGGUAUUUCUCAGACCUGGCUGAUGCACUGGAACAAGCCAAGGAAGAGAUCUUCAUCACUGAUUGGUGGCUCAGUCCAGAGGUUUUCCUCAAACGUCCAGCUACAGGAGCAUACUGGCGCCUGGACAAGAUUCUUAAACGCAAAGCGGAACAGGGAGUGAAAGUCUGUGUGUUGUUGUAUAAGGAGUUGGAAAUGGCUCUGGGUAUUAACAGUGGCUACAGCAAGAGAACACUCAUGAAUCUGCACCCCAACAUUAAGGUGAUGCGUCACCCUGAUCAUGUGUCCGCAGUUGUGUUGCUCUGGGCUCAUCAUGAGAAGAUGGUUGCCAUUGACCAAUCAGUGGCCUUCGUGGGUGGGUUGGACCUUGCCUUUGGAAGGUGGGAUGACAGUGAAUAUAGGCUGAGUGAUUUGGCAAUUCAAAAAACAGCCAGUGAUGCUAAAGCAUCCCCAGAGUCUGAUGCUGUGGAUGGCUCUGCUGUUCCUCUGACAGAAUUUGUGUCAGCUCCAGAGUGCGAGGAUGAAGUCGACCUGAGCUGUAACGCCCUCUUGUGGCUGGGAAAAGAUUACAGCAACUUUAUUAAGAAAGACUGGACACAGCUGGACCAGCCCUUUCAAGACAAUGUUGACAGAACUCUGGUGCCACGCAUCCCCUGGCGUGAUCUGGGUGCUGUGCACCACGGGAAAGCAGCCAGAGAUCUUGCACGCCACUUCAUCCAGCGCUGGAACUUCACUAAGAUCUUUAAGAAUAAGUACAAGAUUGACUUCUUCCCGUACCUACUGCCGAAAUCUCACAGCACAGCAGAUAAGUUGCCAUUCACUGUCCCUGGAGCCAACAAAGCCUCUGUACAGGUUCUUCGUUCUGUUGAUCGCUGGUCUGCUGGCACAUGUGAACACUCUAUUCUUAAUGCCUAUGUACAUGUUAUUGAGAAGAGUGAACAUUACAUUUAUUUAGAGAAUCAGUUCUUCAUCAGCUGUUCAGAUGAGAAGAGUGUAUACAACACCAUCGGAGACGCUAUUGUCAAGCGAAUACUGCGUGCUCACAGUGAGGGGAAGAAAUACAGGGUGUUUGUUGUGAUUCCUCUGCUGCCCGGCUUUGAGGGUGACAUCAGUCAGGGAGGAGGAAACGCCAUUCAGGCUAUACUGCACUUCACCUACAGGACAAUUAAUCGAGGAGAAUACUCCAUUCUUUCACGAUUAAAGGGACAAAUGCAGGACGAAUGGACUCAGUAUAUUUCUCUGUGUGGUCUGCGCACACACACUCAGCUGGCCCAUUCCCCUGUUACAGAACUCAUCUAUGUCCACAGCAAAGCCCUCAUCUCUGACGACCGAUGCUACAUCAUAGGGUCAGCCAACAUCAAUGACAGGAGCAUGCUGGGCAGUCGUGACAGCGAGCUGGCGGUGCUGGUGGAAGAUGAGGAAAGAGUUCCCUCAGUCAUGAAUGGAGAGGAGUACCAGGCUGGACCACUAGCACUCGCCUUACGGAAGGAGUGCUUCAGCGUUCUUCUCGGAGCGAAAUCUGACCCAACUCUCAACAUUGACGAUCCAGUCAGUGAUCAUUUCUUCAACAAUGUUUGGAACAAAAUUGCCCAAUCAAAUGCUGUCAUCUAUGAGAAGGUCUUCCGAUGUCUUCCUCUGGACUCCAUCCGCAGCUUGCAUGAACUGAUGGAGCAUGUGAAUGCUGAGAAUCUCAGCCUUACAGACCCAGAAAAGGCCAGCCAAGAACUACAGGCUAUCAGAGGCAUCCUGGUCCAUUUCCCAUUGCACUUUCUGUGUGAGGAGUACUUGCUCCCUCCACUUAAAAGUAAAGAAGGAAUGGUUCCAACGGAAGUGUGGACAUAGUAGGGAAGAAUAUCAAACAGUGUAGUUUAAAGUGUGCCAGUAAAACCGAAGGUGAGGGGAAAAAAAUCACAUCCUCUGAACUAACUGCACUGAUUUUUUUUUUUUUUAAGUUUUAAAAUAUCAUACAUCCUCAGAACUAACUGAGCCUAAAGCUACUUUUUGGAAGUUUACUUAAUUGUCUUCCGUAUUGUGAUGUAUUUCCGUGUGAAACGGCUUAUUGAACAAGAAAACAAAUGUAGGGCGGGGACAUGAUUUUAUCCAUUGCUUGUUGGUUGAUUGUGAAAAGUGGGUGUUUCAUACUGAAAUGGGGCAGACUACAUUUGCAGUCCACACACACACUCUCUCUCUCUCUCUCUCUCUCUCUCUUCACCCUCUAAACCAUGCCCCACUGAUUUGAAAACCAAACGAUGAUCUAACUGACAACAUUAAUCUAUAACAAGCCCACAAGCACAUAGCACAUUGCGGUCUUUGCUCACAAUGAUGCUGGAGCACAGUGCAAAUGAAUGAGAAACAAGCGCGUAGAAGAUCCCAAUGUUUUGAAUCACAAUUCACAAAAUCGGCGUUCUAAAUGUAAAUUCAAGCCAGCGGGCCCAUACGUCUUUCUGGAGAAGGGAACAGGAUUUUGAGAGGAAAACAUACACCUCUUUAUCUCUGCAUUAGCUGCUUUAACCCCAGGUUUGUUUACAUGACAGACUCUUGAAGGGGCGAUGUUAAAACUGACUAAAACUUGCUUAAGAGCAAGUUCAUAUUCAUAUUUUUUCUAAAGAUCAAGUUAUGACAUUUUAGAGUUAGAAUUACACCACUUCCAGUUUGGUUUGGACUAAAGAAAAUGGUAGUUAAUUGAUGAUUAGCAUAAUAAUGUAUUAGAAGAUAAACACGUUGAUGCCAGCAACAUUAAAUUAUAUGGAGACAAUUAAAUGUAUGUGUUUCAAUGCCCAUUAUGCUCAUGAAUGUAAUGAUCUGAGUAUUUAUGAUGGCACAGAAUGUAAAAUACUACAUAUAAAGGGAGGAAUAAGGAGAGGAGAGAAGAGAAGAGAAAACAAGGCGAAUGAGAGAGCGCAAGUGGAAUAUUUUUGAUGACCAAGGAACAGAAUGUUAGAAUGUGUGAGUGGAUGGCAUUGCUUUAUCUUCUUUUCCCUCUCUCUUUAUUUCUCAUUCCUGUCUGCACUACACUUCUCAAUGCAGUAGCAGCAAAUCUGUCAGAACAUUUGUGGUUGUUAUGGUGACUGGUAUAAAGAGCUGACUUGGUCUUGGCACCUGGGAGAGAAAAGCAGGAGGAAAUAAUAGAUAAACCGUACAUUUAAAAAAGCUGGAAAAACAGCACUUCAUGCAAAUGAUUAAGUGUUUUUUGAAGCAGGUAGAGGGAAGUGUUACAGCGCAGGGAUCAGGUGGGGCAUCAAACAUUGAGAGAUGGUCGGGGGGAGUCUCAGCUCAUUUACCAACACCCCCCCACCCCCCAUCUCCAUGACAACCAGGAGAAAUGAUUGUUAUGUAAUAAUGUCAGCAAUCCAGACGAUUCCACUUUCUGUUUUGGACAGGGAUCAACACAAGUAGAGCAGACUGGAGGCCAGAAAAGCAAAGCUAAUUUUGGCAUUGCCCCAUUUUAACAACACAUUUUUAAUUUUUAUAACAAGUUAUUACUAAUCCUGUGUAUUGUUGUACAAAUAAUAUAGAAUACUAUAUGUGGCUUUGCACAUUAAAUAAAUAUUCGGGGUUCAAUACAAGUUAAACUAAAUCGACAGCAUUUGUGGCAUAAUGUUGAUUCCCAAAUAUGUUAAUUUUGACUCUGCCCUCCUUUAAAAAAAAAAAAAAAAGCAUAAAUCGAGGUUGCAGUGAGACACUUAAAAUGGAAGUAAAUGGGGCUUAUUUUUGGAGGGUUUAAAGGCAGAAACUUAUGUAGAGCUGUAAAAUAGUUUUAGGGUUUAUGCUGUCAUUUUACGUUGACCUUGGCAACAAAGUUGUUAAAUUGGAUAUAACUACACAGAAUAAGUGACUAAGCGAUUUUAUCACAACUAAAAUGAUGUUAACGUGCAUAUUGUUUAUGUCUUGUGGUGUACUUUUGAAACCGUAUUUUAACAUUCACGGAUUGGCCCCAUUCUCUUCCAUUUUAAGUGCCUCACUGUAACCCAGAUGUUUGCUGGAAAGCGUGGGACGAAUCAAAAUUAAUUGUAAUCAACGUUAUGCCAGAAAUGCUUGUUGAUUGAGUUUAACUUGAAUUGAACCUGGAAUAUUCCUUUAAGAGAAUCUUUUAGGUUUUGACCACUGUAGAUAGUACCAUAACAUACUGUAACAUUCCAAUCACAUCAAGCAAUCAAGAUACUUUAUGAACUGACAAUUUUUUUUGUUUUUUUUUACAACUGUCCACAUUGUUCAGACAUAUUAAUGUAUACUUCUCUGUAGCAUUUUUCAUGUAAAUGGAAUUGAUUUUCUGUAGAAAGCAUACAGUACUGAUGAGAACCUACUAAAUCUUGAUUAAAAUGAACCUUG